CAGUGACGUCAGAGACGUCUGUAACUUGUAUGUCGGACAUAUUGCAGCUUUCCAGCUUGAUGAGACUUCAGUAGAGAGAGUUACAGAUGAUGAGAGGACACAAGAGAUGCACAAGAACUUUUUUUAAGUCGGGUAACUUGUUUACCGCAGGACAAAAGCCUUAUGGUGGAAUUAAUACACACUUUUAUAGAGUUUGUUGUUGAAAAUUGCGUGAGUGAGAGAGAGAGAGUGAGAGAGAGAGUGUGUGUAUGUGAGAGAGAGAGAGAGAGAGUGUGUGAGUGAGUGAGUGAGUGAGAGAGUGUGUGUGAGAGAGGGUGUGUGUGUGUGUGGGUGUGUGUGUGUGUGUGUGUGUGUGUGUGUGAGAGAGAGAGAGAGAGAGAGAGAGAGCGUGUGUGAGUGUGUGUAUGUGUGAGAGAGAGGGAGGGUGUGUGUGAGAGAGUGUGUAAGUGUGUGUGUAUGUGUGUGAGAAAGAGAGUGAGUGAGUGAGUGAGUGAGAGCUUUAACUCUCAGUGUUACAGUGUUUCUGAGCAAGGAAUGGAAUUCCACUUGUGUUUACACGGAAACCUGCGCAGUGAACAGAGAGGACAGAGAGAGAAAUCAGACUUCAGAUAAGUGCACCUGGGUUUCUAAAACAUCUGUGUUGAGUUUGAGUGACUGUGGCCAAGGAGACUGCAGUGUGUGUUACAGGAUGAGGCUCAGAGCUCAGGUGUUGUUUGGAUUUGUGUGGCUCUGUGUGAACAAAUGCCACUCACUUCUCACUCAGCACUGCGACACAGGCAAGGCGAAUCUCGAGAUGGACCUCUUUCCUCCAGAUGAGUUUCUGUGCCCCAACUCGAGACCAGUAACUCCAGCCCUGCAGCUUCUUGAUGUUUCCACCAAAUAUUCUCUACAGCCUCCUGAGCAUGUCUGCAUGGAUCUGCCCAUAACUUAUAACCACACAAUCCCCAACAGCGGGGCACACAGGCCUGUAGGUGCACAGAGUGGAGAGUACCUGUACUGCCCUCCUCAGCGCUGGAUAAACAACCUGAAGGAUGGCGCCACAGUGCUUCUUUUUCACCCCUGUGCUUCGGAGGACGCUCGCAGGAGUCUGGCAGCGGUGGCUCAUUCGUGCCUGCCACACUUUAUCCUCACAGCUCAUCCUCAUCUCAGCCAGCACCGACCGUUUGCAUUGGUCUCCUGGGGUCACACGCUAGAGAUGUCCCACAUCACCAGAGCAGGAGUGUGUGAGUGGUUACUCACAUUUUCCUCCAACUUUAACCAAACAACAGCAAGUCGAAGCCAAAAUUACAACCUGUAUUUGACAAAAGCUGCCCCUGUGGACCGAGUGUUGGAUACCGCUGUGAAGCCGCUGAAAGCAUGCUGUUUGGAGGCUCUGUCUGCAUACGUGGCUACUUCAAGAGCGAGAAAAAGCCGAUCAGUCCAGCAGCCCACAAAAAGAAAAAUGGAGAAAAGAGAAAUGGAAAAAGAAGUGAAACACUCUGAAAAUCCUUCAGUUAUCAGCUCUAAGUCUGGCACGCUAAAUCCUACACACACACAGACAUUGAACAAUAGUGAGAGUAAAGAUUUAUCAUCUAUAGGUCAUGUCACAGCUUCUCUGCACACUGCCAUGCACUCAGAGGAACGUGCUGGUGAUGUUGUGGAUAAGGAGGCGAAGACAUCAUCCACACAGAUGAAGAGCCUGAAAGAACCACAUGGGAACAGCAGGAGUAAUGUAACGGUGGUUAAGCUGCAUGACUCUCAGAUUGAUGUGAAGUCUCCAAAGAAGAGCAUCACCGUGGCUUCAGGAAAGCAGCGCAUUAAGACUGAUGUAGUUCAGCUGAGUGCAGGUGAAGGCUGUACAGAUCCGGGGCACUGUGGACCUCCUGAUGUGGCCACUGCAGUGAUAGGAGGACCGCUGAGAGGACACAAGAUGCCCAUCCAGCGCACCAAUGAGGCUGUGUGGGCAGCAGCAGCUCUGGGCUUCCUGCUGGUGCUGCUUACGCUUUCAGUGCUUCAUACACGACUGUACCGUAACUGCCGUGCACCAUCCAGUCUGUACUGGCGCGAGAGCCAUCAGGACUAUGAGAGUGUAGCAGACAUCAUUCGCAGGAGGCUGAGGAUGGUGGGAAGGAGGAAGAGAAGAGCGAGCCAGAGCAGGCGGCAGGAAUGUCCUUUACUCUCCGACUCCAGCACUGAUGAUGACUGACUCUCUCUCGCCACUGACUAAAAGUCUGUCUCUAUUUUAUAACAACGCAGUUCCCUGUGGUGCAAAAGUUAAUAGCAUGACCUCAAGCAGGGAUUUUCUUUCAACACCAGUGAAGUCCACAAACAUGUACUCUGAUUGUUACUUAAUUUAAACCUUUUACUUGUGUUUUUAUGCCUCAAUGCAGAUUUUCUCCAACUCCAACUAGAUAGAGAAUGUUGGUGGAUAGCAGUUUACUCAUCGACAGAAUUUUUGUUGGAUUUAAUUCUGGGCUUUUUUAAAACAUAAACCUUCUCCUGUUGGAAUUUAUAUUAACCUUGAGUGCAGAUGUCAUGAAGCAGGACAAACCUGAUCAGCCAUUAUAGCUAGGAGACCUGCUAAGCUCAGACUGUUCUUAGGCUUUUUAUUUAUUUAUUUUUUUAAUCAUUUUUUCAGGAAAUCUAAACACUUAGACACUUAAUAUGUUGCAGUAUAUCCGGCAGUAGUGUAUAUUUAUAUUGCGAGAGACAUGCAAAAAAUAUUUGCAUAGUAUAACAAGAGAUGAAGGAGAAAGAAGCAUUUCCCAUAUUUAGUAUGAUAAAAUAUAAAAAAAUGAACCGGUACAGUAUGCUUUUAAUGUGUGUUUUAUGUUUAUAUCGUAUUUAAAGGGUUUCUAGACCUGUAAUAAUCAAAGAAUUAGCGUUUGUAAUUUCAGUCUUCUGUUUACAUUGUCAAAGAAAUCGGCUCUUUCUUCACCAGGAGGAAAACUGCAUUUUUUAAGAAAUAUGACUAAAAACAGACAUUAAAAUGAAGAAAAUCAGCACAGAAAUUUGUGUUGUGUACUUUGUGUUCUCUGGAGCCUGGGGUCUUACUGAAAACUGUGUUCUUACUUGAAGAGGGAAGUCACAUACACAAACCUAAUGAAAAUAUUUAAACAGAAAGUGAACAGUCUAUGUCCAUGACAGAGGGUCAGAGAUCCAUCUACAGCUGUUCUCCGUUUGCAUUCAUUACAGGAGAUGCUUGGUGCUGUUCUUUUCCAGGAGAAGCUCCUCCACGUAACCUCUUAAUUGUAUGGAUGCUCAUGAUAUUGUCAUAUAUUUUCAGGUUUACUAUGUAAAUUAAACAGAUCCGGGUGUCUAAAA